ACAGUGGAAUGUAUCAAAUAUAUCAAUGAUAAAGUGGGGGAAAGAAAAAAAGCUGUGGCUCUGCACUGAUCUCCUGCGCGGGGCAAAAAUAUUCCGCUCCACAAAGCAUACUUGAGACGGAGAAAACGCGAGACGCAGAACCUUUUUGACACGUACCCCGCCCGCAUCGCCAUCUUUCCUUUGAUAUCAUUCAGACACGAUGACACAUACCAAAGACAGUGAAUCGGCGAAUGUGUCAGGCAUCCCAAAUCGCCCACGAAAGCAACAUGAGGACAAAGAUCAACAGACGAAAGCAGAGACACCUACUUUACCAACAUCCAAACCACCAAGGGAUAUCAAUGAAGGUGUCACAUAUGAUUUAGAGUCUAUGUUCAAAUCUGGAUUCCUUGCGGAGGUAUACCGCGAGAACCCAAUAGGGUCUCCUGGAGUCGAUAGAGUUGUUACCCGUUUCCCCCCAGAACCUAAUGGGUUUCUUCACCUGGGACACAGCAAAGCUAUCGCUAUUAACUUCGGAUUCGCACGACACCAUGGUGGGGUUUGCUAUUUGCGUUAUGAUGAUACCAAUCCUGCUAAAGAAGAGGAGAAAUAUUUCACAGCUAUUGCAGAGAUUAUUCAAUGGUUGGGUUUCAAGCCUGUCAAGGUCACAUAUUCGAGUGAUUAUUUCGAUAAUCUUUAUGAGCUUGCAGAAGACUUAAUUCGCCGAGAUGGCGCUUAUGUCUGCCAUUGCUCGAAAAGUGAGAUUGCCCAGCAACGUGGGGGCGGUAAAGGCGCCACUCCUCGUUUUACUUGCCGUCAUAGGGACCGUCCAAGUGAUGAGUCACUUGCAGAGUUUCGAGCUAUGCGAGAUGGCAAGUAUGGACCUCAGGAAGCCUUGCUUCGCAUGAAGCAGGACAUGAAAUCUAGCAAUCCCCAGAUGUGGGAUUUAACUGCUUAUCGUGUGAUUCAACCACGGAAGCCCGAUAACAAGGAAAGUCCCGACUUUGAAGAGGACACAGAUAGUAAAGCUGGGAUUCACUAUCGCACUGGAGACAAAUGGAAGAUUUAUCCAACUUAUGACUUUACACAUUGCUUGGUGGAUAGUUUCGAAGGUAUUACGCAUUCUUUAUGCACGACCGAGUUUGAACUGUCAAGAACUUCUUACAACUGGUUGUGUGACACGCUUGGUGUCUAUAGGCCAAUGCAAAGAGAAUAUGGACGGCUUAAUUUAUCAAGUACGGUCUUGUCAAAACGGAAGAUCAUGGACCUAAUUUCGAAUGGACAUGUUCGUGAUUGGGAUGAUCCUCGUCUGUAUACGCUUAUUGCUCUUCGACGUCGAGGCGUUCCACCCGGUGCAAUUCUUUCAUUUGUUAGCUUACUUGGGGCAUCCAAGGCGACAACGACUAUUGAGGUCAAGCAAUUUGAACAAUGCGUUCGGCAAUAUUUAGAAUUCACUGUCCCCCGCUUAAUGGUCGUUCUCGAUCCAAUCCCCGUUAUUAUUGAUAAUCUUCCUGAAGAUUACUUGGAAAUGGUGGAACUGCCAUUUUCGAAAGAUCCGCAAUUCGGAUCACAUCGUGUUCCAUUCACACGAACGAUCUAUAUCGAUAGAGCCGACUUCCGCGAGACGCCUAGUAAGGACUUCUUUCGGCUCACACCCGAUAAAUCAGUAGGGCUACUUAAAGUUCCGUUUCCUAUAACCGCAACCAGUUUCGAGAAAGAUCCAAAUAGUGGACUUGUUACAUCGAUAAAUGCUAGAUAUGAUAUACCCGAGGAGGGCAGUAAAUUCAAAAAACCAAAAGCCUACAUCCACUGGAUUUCAGACUGUCCAUCAUUGAAUAGUCCCAUUAAAGCCUCUGCCCGCGUCCACAAUCCUCUCUUCACUUGCAGCAAUCCGGACUCGCACCCUGCUGGUUUUCUUGCUGUCGUUAAUCCAAACUCGGAGGAGAUCUUCCCGAAUGCUAUGAUCGAGAUCGGUCUCCACGAAAUCAAACGUAGAGCCCCAUGGCCAAAAUCUGACGGCGAGGAAAAGCCAGAAGGUUCGCAUGUGUCUCCAGAGUGUGUUCGAUUCCAGGGGAUGCGGGUGGCAUAUUUCUGCCUAGAUCGUGAUAGCUCAGAUGAAUCUGUAGUUCUUAACAGAAUCGUGUCACUCAAGGAAGAUGCAAAAAAGUAAUGGCUAGGCAAUGACGAUUCUAUUCUCGGCCGUCGGAAAAGGCUUGUUUCUAGAGCAAUUAAAUCUCUAGAGACCAAGGCCACAGUUUUCAAUAUGAACUGUUUUAUAAUGUACUGGUUUCGUAUAUUUGUCUUCGAUCACGUAACAACUAUAACAUCAA